GCCGCCAUAGUUGUUAGACAGUGAACUGCCAUAUUGUGUGUGUGUCGAUACACAAGAAUUUGUUUCGGUAAAUAAUUUACGGUUUAGUUAAUUGAAAAAAAAUUGAGGUGGUUAGAGCAACUCUCUUUAUUCAUGGAAUAGUGGAUAUAUUCCUGGAGCUAACGGCGAUUUUUGGAAUCGAGCUGUCGCCGGAGGUGGACGAGUUAACGGGGUUUUAAUAAGUUUCUUGGAAAACACCUUCUGACCACAAAGAUUCAAGAUGUCGGCAGGACCUUACAAUUACUCCUACAUAUUUAAAUACAUCAUCAUCGGUGACAUGGGUGUUGGUAAAUCCUGUCUGUUGCAUCAAUUCACCGAGAAGAAAUUUAUGGCAGACUGUCCUCACACGAUUGGAGUGGAGUUUGGCACGAGAAUAAUCGAAGUCAAUGGUCAGAAAAUAAAAUUACAAAUAUGGGACACAGCUGGACAGGAGAGAUUCCGAGCAGUCACGAGGUCUUACUAUCGUGGGGCAGCAGGGGCAUUAAUGGUGUAUGAUAUCACUCGGCGCUCCACUUACAAUCACCUGAGUAGCUGGUUAACAGACACGAGGAAUCUCACUAAUCCCAGCACUGUGAUAUUCUUGAUUGGGAAUAAGAGCGACCUGGAGGGUCAACGAGACGUCACCUACGAGGAAGCAAAACAAUUUGCUGACGAGAAUGGUUUAAUGUUUGUCGAAGCCAGUGCAAAAACAGGUCACAACGUGGAGGAAGCCUUUUUAGACACGGCCAAGAAAAUAUUCCAGAGUAUAAGAGAUGGACGUUUGGAUCUAAAUGCUGCUGAGUCUGGGGUUCAGCACAAUCCUAGCCAGCCAGGUCGUACCAACCUACAAGGCGUCACCAGUGAGCAACAGGGAGGCAAGGACUCCUGCUCCUGUUAGACUUAUUACUAUUCUCCUGUAUAUAGGCCCACGAAAUAAGCAAUUACAAGAAGAAAAUUUCAUUAACCAAACAUAUAUUACUUACACAGACUAUAAAUAAUGGAACGUGGCGUCCCAAAUUUACACGAACACAAUAAUAAAGAGAACACUCGUCCCUUUGUCUGUUUGAAGAAGAAAAAAAAAUCCUAACGUCCAUUAAAUCUACCCUCUCUUUUUAAUAAUUAAAGGAGCAAUGGUGCAAACGAAUUUUUAAUUCUAGUUCGUUUCUCGUGACGAUAAAUACUCAGUUCAAGUACUGGUGUCAUUGGCAAUCAAUCAAUAAAUAUGGAAUAUUACAAAACAAGGUAAAAUGAAGUUGUGAAAUAGCUUUGGGAAAAUGUCUUAUCGUUACUUUUGUUGUUAAAUUACUCAUCACUCAUUUGACAGAAUAAGAAUUAUUUUUUGUGUUCAGAUAUUUCUGAAGUGAUUCUCCUCGUUGAUGAGUAAUUUUUGAACAGAAAAAAAUCGAAAAUAAAAUAAUUCUCUUGAUAACAGAGUAUUGAAUCAUUGGAUAUUAAAGCAAUUUCAUCGAUUACAAACAGUCAAAUUUGUAGUAAUUAUGCACUUCGCCGUAUAGUUAUUAUCUGUUCAGCUAUUUCUCAACCGAUUUCUCUCGCUGAUAAAGGAUUUUAGUGCAUGAAAAGCUCGAAGUCGAGACAACUCGUCAAAAAUGUGAAAAUUACAAAAGCACAAUUGAUAGUGACCUUUUCCUCAAAUGAAUUCACAAUUUUAUUUUCACAAAAUCGAAAAAUAGUUAUGGAAUGUGGGAUUGAUGAUUUAAGCCCGUCUUAAUGAAUCACAAGAUUGGGCCUAAAUAGUUCUAAUUACCGCGCUUAAGAGAAAGGUUUUAUUAAUUUAAAUGGUAAUAAAAAUAAAAUGAUCAUGUAACCCACGAUGGAAGAUGCCUUGGAGUAGGCUUUCCCCAUGGAAGUCAAAGGAAUGGAGAAAUAGUCUAUUUUGUGUCUUUACUUCCAUGAUUUAUCGAUGUGCAUUCAGUCGCGUGUAUAUGUUUGAACUGGACAAAUUCGAUGUAUCGAAGGUAAUGAUCAAGCAUUUGAGAAUUGUAAAGAUCAAUGAAUUUAGCACCGUUUUUUCUAAACUGCGAGGUGAAAGCGUUUAUGAAGUUAUAAUUAAUUGGAAAAGAGUAGAAUCGAUUUUUAACACUAGUGGGUAUUUUUAAAAUUACACGCAAUUACACGGGAAUAAAAAUAAACGUUUGUAGUUUAGAAUUUUAGGAGUGUUAAAUUUAUUGAAAACCAAGAGAGUGAAGCAGUAAUGAAAUCAUUGAAGAUGUAAGAAAUAUUUAAGUGAGAAUGUAGCUUAUUGUCCUGUCCAUUAAGCAUUGAUGUUUUAUUUCACAUUAAUUUACGUUCCCUUUGUAAUUGUAAAAUUUAAGAAUCUAUUGUUUGUAUCAAAUUUCAUGAAUGAGUAUACAAGUGAUAUUAACCAAUUGUUGUAAUAAACAAACGGAGAACCUGCCUGUAAAACAAAUCUAUUCUUUCUCUGACGCAAUUACAUUCACUCAGAAUUAUUAGGUUGAAGUUAUCAAAAUAAAUUGUUCAUGAAUGAGGGAAA